GAUUGGCAAAACUCGCACUUUAAAUGUCGCACCUUCUACUUCAUAACCCCUUGCGCCAUUACUGUUUCUCCCCACUCGCUCAGUUUCGCCUUCCGCUCACAUCCUUCGUGCACCUUCAGUUUAUCGGCAAUCGGAGCUUGUUUAAAAGAAAUUUUUGUCGGAUCUCGACCUCAACAUCCAUGUCUAACCGCCCCAAUUAUCAAGGAGGCCGUCGCGGCGGCGGAGGCCGCGGAGGGGGACGCGGCGGCGGCAGAGGUGGAGGUCGUGGAGGCGGAGAGCAGCGCUGGUGGGAUCCUGUUUGGAGAGCCGAACGUCUGCGGCAGAAAGCGGCUGAGAUUGAGGUGAUGGACCAGAAUGAAUGGUGGGGAAAAAUGGAACAAAUGAAGAGAGGAGGGGAGCAGGAGCUGAUCAUAAAGCGAAACUUCAGUAGAGAUGAUCAGCAAAUCUUGGCUGAUAUGGCUUAUCAGCUGGGUUUAUACUUCCAUGCAUAUAAUAAGGGGAAGGCGCUGGUUGUGAGCAAAGUUCCAUUGCCUAAUUAUCGUGCAGAUCUUGAUGAAAGGCAUGGGUCCAUGCAGAAAGAGAUCAAAAUGUCCACGGAGAUUGAGAAAAGAGUUGGAAAUUUAUUGAACAGUUCCAAUGGGACAUCAUCUGUCGAGACUGGCUCUUCUAGGUCCUCUGAGACUGAAGCAUUACAAUCCAAACCAGUUGAAAUCGGCAGAGGGGCAUCGCUAUUGGAGAUAGAUACUGCAUCCGAAGGACUUAAUAUGGAACUGAAACAAAAACAGGAAAAGAUGAGGGAAACUGAUAAUGUAAAGGCAAUGCUAGAAUUUAGAGAAAAGCUGCCAGCAUUUAAACUGAAAUCAGAAUUCUUGAAAGCUGUAGCAGCAAAUCAGGUUCUUGUAGUUUCAGGAGAGACUGGUUGUGGUAAAACUACCCAGCUUCCUCAGUUUAUACUGGAAAACGAGAUAUCAUCUCUACGAGGUGCUAGUUGUAGUAUAAUAUGCACACAACCUCGUAGAAUAUCAGCUAUAUCAGUAGCAGCUCGAAUAUCCUCUGAAAGAGGAGAGAAGCUGGGUGAAACUGUAGGUUAUCAGAUUCGUUUAGAAUCAAAGCGCUCUGCUCAAACAAGAUUGCUGUUUUGCACAACUGGGGUGUUACUCCGGCAGCUGGUGCAGGACCCAGAUUUAACAGGAAUCACUCACUUGCUGGUAGAUGAAAUUCAUGAAAGAGGCAUGAAUGAGGACUUCCUGCUAAUAAUAUUGCAUGACCUCCUUCCUCGCCGUCCUGACCUGCGUCUUAUCCUUAUGAGUGCCACUAUCAAUGCUGACUUAUUCUCCAAAUACUUUGGAAAUGCUCCAACAAUUCAUAUACCUGGAUUCACAUUUCCAGUGAAAGAAUUUUAUUUAGAAAAUGUCUUGGAGAAAACACGCUACAAUAUCCAAUCAGAGUUUGAGAAUUUUCGAGGAAAUUCAAGAAGAGGACGGCGACAGCAGGAGUCUAGAAAAGAUCCUUUGACAGAAUUAUUUGAGGAUGCUGACAUUGAUGCCCUCUUCAAGGGAUACAGCACAAGCACCAGGCGAUCUCUUGAGGCUUGGUCUGGUUCUCAGCUGGAUUUGGGCCUUGUGGAAUCAACAGUUGAGUAUAUAUGUCGACAUGAAGGUAGUGGAGCAAUUCUUGUUUUCCUUACUGGUUGGGAUGAUAUUUCAAAGCUUCAUGAUAAACUCAAAGUAAACAAUUUCCUCGGAGACACAAAUAAGUUUUUAGUUCUUCCUCUCCACGGUUCAAUGCCCACAAUCAACCAGCGGGAAAUUUUUGAUCGUCCACCGCCCAAUGUUAGAAAGAUUGUGCUAGCAACCAACAUUGCUGAGAGCAGUAUUACCAUAGAUGACGUUGUGUAUGUUGUAGACUGUGGAAAGGCAAAGGAGACUAGUUAUGAUGCUCUUAAUAAGCUGGCUUGCCUUUUACCUUCAUGGAUUUCUAAGGCAUCAGCACACCAGAGGCGUGGUCGGGCUGGUCGCGUGCAACCAGGAGUGUGCUAUAGACUAUAUCCCAAAAUGAUCCAUGAUGCUAUGCCCCAGUAUCAACUGCCUGAAAUGCUUCGAACACCUCUGCAAGAGCUAUGUCUGCAUAUCAAGAGUUUGCAGCUUGGAGCAAUUAGUAUGUUUUUGGCCAAGGCACUUCAACCACCUGAUCCUCUCUCUGUUGAAAAUGCCAUUGAGCUUCUCAAAACAAUUGGUGCUCUAGAUGAUAGAGAAGAGCUCACUCCUCUUGGACGACAUCUUUGCACUUUGCCUUUGGACCCAAAUAUUGGAAAGAUGCUUCUCAUGGGUUCCAUCUUCCAGUGCCUUAACCCUGCACUAACAAUAGCUGCUGCUCUUGCUCAUCGGGACCCAUUUGUCCUUCCACUAAAUAGGAAAGAGGAAGCAGAUGCUGCAAAGAGAUCCUUUGCUGGUGAUUCGUGCAGCGAUCACAUUGCACUUCUUAAAGCAUUUGAAGGAUGGAAAGAUGCUAAACGAAAUAGAAAGGAUAGAACUUUCUGUUGGGAGAAUUUUCUGUCACCAGUAACCAUGCAAAUGAUGGAAGAUAUGAGAAAUCAGUUUCUAGAUUUACUGUCAGGCAUUGGUUUUGUAGAUAAAUCACAAGGUCCCAAGGCAUAUAACCAAUACAGUGAUGAUUUGGAGAUGGUAUGUGCCAUACUUUGUGCUGGACUUUACCCAAAUGUUGUGCAGUGCAAAAGACGAGGAAAGCGAACAGCAUUCUACACUAAAGAAGUUGGGAAAGUUGACAUUCAUCCAGCUUCAGUCAAUGCUGGCGUUCAUCUUUUCCCUCUUCCAUACAUGGUCUACAGUGAAAAGGUCAAAACCAGUAGCAUAUACAUAAGAGAUUCCACCAAUAUAUCAGAUUAUGCUCUAUUGAUGUUUGGUGGUAAUCUUAUUCCUAGCAAAAGUGGAGAUGGCAUUGAAAUGCUUGGUGGAUACCUUCACUUUUCUGCAUCAAAGACUGUAUUGGACUUGAUACGGAAAUUGCGUGGAGAGCUUGACAAGCUUCUAUCAAGGAAGAUUGAGGAGCCAGGCCUGGAUAUUACAGUGGAGGGAAAGGGUGUUGUUGCUGCUGUAGUCGAGUUGCUGCACAGUCAAGAUGUGCAUUAUAGGUGACUUCACAUCCUUACAUCACUGCCGGUUAAUGUGUAUGACCAUUAGAAUAUUCAUACCAUUAGAUCGGACACUGUGAUGCAAAUUUUGAGUUAUAUGUGGUUCUUCAAACAAUUACUCAGUGCACAACAGGAAACUAGAGGCGUUUAGCUACUAGGCAUAUUUCUGUAACGGGAAAAAGUCAGUUGCAAGUAUAUUGAUGUAUUCAUUAACAUUGUGAUAUUGAGUGAUUCCAUCCAAUGAAGGAAGGAUGCAAAAAUUGAA